AUGCCGGGCAAGACGAAGAGAAAGCUAGAAGGGUACGAAAUCGAGUCCGUAAUGGACGAUGACUCGUCUAUCAAAGGGGCCAAUUUCUCUGUUUCAGAUUCUGGGUGGACGAAAGAUGGUAUAGCUAAACUCUGGUUCUCUGAAACAUUUAUCAAAAACAUCGGUCAAGCAAGACCACAAUUACUUAUUUGCGACGGACAUGGCUCUCAUAACAAUGUAGAGUUGAUAGAAUUAGCGCGGGAAAAUGACAUAGUCAUUAUCGAACUUCCAAGUCACACAAGCAACUGGACACAACCUUUUGACCGCACGGUUUUCAAAUCUCUAAAAAGUCCCCGGAACAGGGUAUUAGAUGACUUUAUCCAGAACACUGGGGUUGCUGUGGGCCAUCGUCAGUUUCUCAAUGUUUAA